UUUAUAUAUGCCUAUAAAAUGGCUGUCAUGCAGGAUAGAAUAGCAAAUGAUUUAACUCAGGAUUACCUUGCUGAUGCUAAUGAAGCCCUUUCUUUCAAUUUAGUUCGGACUCCUCAAGACAUGGAAGAUGGGGAGUUUUUCAGUCCAGAGAUGACACAUCAAGUAUAUGGAGAUGGUGAGCAGAUAUUUGGGUACAAGGACCUGGAGGUGCGGCUGUACAUCACAGCCGGACGACUGAACAUGUACUGCGAUGUUGAGUACAGCAGCAUUGUGAAGAAGAGCAAGUCUGUUGCUCUGGAGCCUGACGAUAUUGUUGGCCCCCUAACAAAACUGGUCCCCACCAACUGCAUCCUGGACAACCAAGACACAUUCUUGGCUCUGCUCAAGAAAGAGUCAACCUUCAAGCCGUAUGGGGAGCUGAUCAGUGUAAUAACCCCACAUAAUAAUGAUGCCAAUCAGAGGUUUGAGGUCUACAGCUGCAAUGCAGACACUCCAGGAUUCCUUGAAUACUUCGAACGCCUCCAAAUGUUUACCAUGUUCUAUGUUGAUGCUGCCUCAUACAUUGACACUUCUGAUCAUAAGUGGAACUAUUUCAUAGCUUACGAACAAUAUCAGAGCUCUGAUGGUAACCCUAUGUACGCUUUCGUGGGCUUCACGACCGUGUACGAAUUCUAUGGUUACCCCGAGCACGUGCGGCCACGCAUCUCGCAAAUGCUCGUCCUUCCUCCCUUCCAGAAGAAGGGAAUUGCUUCAGGGAUGCUGCAAGCGAUCUACAACAAGUACAUCGAUGACCCCAAAGUGCUCACUGUGUCAGUUGAGGAUCCUUCAGCAAUAUUUGGAAGCAUGCGACUGCGGGUUGACUGCCUCAAUGCCCUAACACGUCUCAAGGUCUUCUCUGUGGAGAAGCUCAAAAAGGGCAUCACCAAAGAGCAUUACGAUGAAGCAAAGACUAAACUAAAGCUUAAUAGAGACAACACGCUGCGCGUCUUCAACGUGUUGCUGUUCCGUGCCACUGACCGCAACAAUAAGGAAGACUACAAAAACUUCCGCCUCUUCAUCAAGAAUCAACUGUACGCGCCUUUCAGACGUCAAGACAGAGAGCUAGCAAAACUGGAAAAAUACAAUCUAUCCAAAGAAGAGAUCAGCGAAACUCUGGCCUUUGUUCCUAAGGACAAAAGACCUGACAUCAUCCACCAGGAGUACCUUGACUUGGAAUCCAAACUCUCAAUGAUUGUCGAGAAGUUGCCUCCACUUUCUGAUGAAGAACGAAAGCUCCUCGGUCGGUGAAGGAAAUUUAAUUUGAAUUAAUUUUCCUUCAAAAGGCUCGUUCCCUGUGACUAAAUGCCUUCAACUUGAGCUUACCGAAUGUGAAGGCCUAAUGCUUCAUAAAAAUUAUUAUUGAAUAUGAUUAAGCAAUGUUCAAACGCACUUUAGUUCAAACGCAACUUUACUCCACUUAAUGCCUGAAAAUGAAACUGCACGACAAGAAAUUAUUUUCCCACUUUUUUGUGUUGAUUAUAUUUUAAGGAAUGAAAGAAAAAUGGGGAACAUUUCUAGUUCCAAAUGUGAGGUAUUUUUUUGCAUGCUAUUUAUUGCUAUGUAAGUCAUGGGGUGACAUGCUUCAGAAUAUGUUUGAGUUCAGCAUGAGACUUUUUACACUUCUGGCUAUGAAAAUGAAGAUUAUUGAUCGGAAAUUGUAUUGUACCUAAGCAUUAAGUGCAUGGUUUUCAUGAAUAAAUAGCACUAUCAAUA